UGGGCCAGGCCUGAGUAUUCAGCGAUGGCAUCUGCAUGGUGGCCCUGUCUCAUCUUGGCUCUGCUCUCCAGCUUGGCAGCCUCUGGCUUCCCGAGAAGCCCCAUUCGGCUGCUUGGGAAACGGAGCCUCCCGGAAGGGGUGGCCAAUGGCAUCGAGGUCUACAGUACCAAAAUCAACUCCAAGGUGACCUCCCGUUUUGCUCACAAUGUUGUCACCACGAGAGCCAUCAACCGUGCAGACACGGCCAAGGAGGUUUCCUUUGAUGUGGAGCUGCCCAAGACGGCCUUCAUCACCAACUUCACCUUGACCAUCGACGGUGUUACCUACCCUGGGAAUGUCAAGGAGAAGGAAGUUGCCAAGAAGCAGUAUGAAAAGGCUGUGUCCCAGGGCAAGACGGCCGGCUUGGUCAAGGCCUCUGGGAGGAAGUUGGAGAAGUUCACAGUCUCGGUCACCGUGGCUGCGGGCAGCAAAGUCACCUUCGAGCUAACCUACGAGGAGCUGCUGAAGAGGCACAAGGGCAAGUACGAGAUGUACCUCAAGGUCCAGCCUAAGCAACUGGUCAAACACUUUGAGAUCGAGGUAGACAUCUUCGAGCCUCAGGGAAUCAGCAUGCUGGAUGCUGAGGCCUCUUUCAUCACCAACGACCUCCUGGGAAGCACCCUCACCAAGUCCUUCUCAGGGAAAAAGGGCCAUGUGUCCUUCAAGCCCAGCUUAGACCAACAGCGUUCAUGCCCAACCUGUACAGACUCCCUCCUCAAUGGAGAUUUCACUAUCACCUAUGACGUGAACAGAGAAUCUCCUGGCAACGUGCAGAUAGUCAAUGGCUACUUCGUGCACUUCUUUGCACCUCAAGGCCUUCCAGUGGUGCCUAAGAACGUGGCCUUUGUGAUUGACAUCAGUGGCUCCAUGGCUGGUCGGAAAUUAGAGCAGACAAAGGAGGCCCUUCUCAGAAUCCUGGAAGAUAUGAAAGAGGAAGACUAUCUGAAUUUCAUCCUGUUCAGUGGAGAUGUGUCCACAUGGAAAGAACACUUAGUCCAGGCCACGCCCGAGAACCUCCAGGAGGCCAGGACGUUUGUGAAGAGCAUGGAGGAUAAAGGAAUGACCAACAUCAAUGACGGGCUGCUGAGGGGCAUCAGUAUGCUGAACAAGGCCCGAGAGGAGCACAGAAUCCCAGAGAGGAGCACCUCCAUUGUCAUCAUGCUGACUGAUGGGGAUGCCAAUGUUGGUGAGAGCAGACCCGAAAAAAUCCAAGAGAAUGUGCGGAAUGCCAUCGGGGGCAAGUUCCCCUUGUAUAACCUGGGCUUUGGCAACAAUCUGAAUUAUAACUUCCUGGAGAACAUGGCCCUGGAGAACCAUGGGUUUGCCCGGCGCAUUUAUGAGGACUCUGAUGCCGAUUUGCAGUUGCAGGGCUUCUAUGAGGAGGUGGCCAACCCACUGCUGACGGGUGUGGAGAUGGAGUACCCCGAGAACGCUAUCCUGGACCUCACCCAGAACACUUACCAGCACUUCUACGAUGGCUCUGAGAUCGUGGUGGCCGGGCGCCUGGUGGACGAGGACAUGAACAGCUUUAAGGCAGAUGUGAAGGGCCAUGGGGCCACCAACGACCUGACCUUCACAGAGGAGGUGGACAUGAAGGAGAUGGAGAAGGCCCUGCAGGAGCGGGACUACAUCUUCGGGAAUUACAUUGAGCGGCUCUGGGCCUACCUCACCAUUGAGCAGCUGCUGGAGAAGCGCAAGAACGCCCAUGGCGAGGAGAAGGAGAACCUCACGGCCUGGGCCCUGGACCUGUCCCUCAAGUAUCACUUUGUGACUCCACUGACCUCAAUGGUGGUGACCAAGCCUGAGGACAACGAGGAUGAGAGGGCCAUUGCCGACAAGCCUGGGGAAGAUGCAGAAGGCAGGGCCUCCCCAGCCCCUACUGGCCUGCCCCACCUCCAUUUGGACUGGCACAUUUGGACUGGGCCAUCACGUUCCCCUCAGAACAGCCCUGAUAAAUGUACCGGUGCAUCCACACCGGUGAGCCCUGCCAUGUCCUACCUGACCAGCUACCAGCCUCCUCAAAACCCCUACUACUAUGUGGACGGGGAUCCCCACUUUAUCAUCCAAAUUCCGGAGAAAGACGAUGCCCUCUGCUUCAACAUCGAUGAAGCCCCAGGCACAGUGCUGCGCCUUAUUCAGGAUCCAGUCACAGGCCUCACAGUUAAUGGGCAGAUCAUUGGCGACAAGAGAGGCAGCCCUGACUCCAAGACCAGAAAGACUUACUUUGGAAAACUGGGCAUUGCCAAUGCUCAGAUGGACUUCCAGGUGGAGGUGACAACGGGGAAGAUCACCCUGUGGAACAGGGCCGUGCCGAGCACUUUCAGCUGGCUGGACACAGUCACAGUCACGCAGGAUGGGCUGUCCAUGAUGAUCAACAGGAAGAACAUGGUGGUCUCCUUUGGAGAUGGGGUUACCUUCGUGGUCGUCCUACACCAGGUGUGGAAGAAACAUCCUGCCCACCGUGACUUUCUAGGCUUCUACGUGGUGGACAGUCACCGGAUGUCAGCACAGACGCAUGGGCUGCUGGGGCAAUUCUUCCAACCCUUUGACUUUAAAGUGUCUGACAUCCGGCCAGGCUCUGACCCCACAAAGCCAGAUGCCACAUUGGUGGUGAAGAACCAUCAGCUGAUUGUCACCAGGGGCUCCCAGAAAGACUACAGAAAGGAUGCCAGCAUCGGCACGAAGGUUGUCUGCUGGUUCGUCCACAACAACGGAGAAGGGCUGAUUGAUGGUGUCCACACUGACUACAUUGUCCCCAACCUGUUUUGAGUAGACACACCAGCUCCUGUUGGGAUGGAUGGCCCGGAUUUUAUGGCAUCUGGAACAUGGGCACAGAGAGGGGCCUGUGGGAGGGGCUGGGAAAAUAAAGUCCAAGGUCGAGACCAGA